CCCUCCCCCGCCCUCCAUCCUCGCCUCCGCGCUUCCGAUGUUCCUUGGCAGAGCUGACUUGACAUCGUUCGCCGAACACUCCCGGUCAUGAUCGACACCAUGGAAUGCGCCGUGGACGCGCAGAGCGUCAUCUCCAUUUCCCUGAUGAAGAUCCACAACUCGAGGACUCAGAGAGGCGGCAUCAAGCUGCACAAAAACCUGCUGGUGUCCUACGUGCUGAGGAACGCCCGGCAGCUGUACGUCAAGGAGAAGUACGCGGAGAUUUACCGGACGCAGCAGUACGAGGAGGCGAUGGCGGUCUGCGAGCGGAUCCGGGAGCUGGACCCGCAGGGCGCCCGCGAGACGGCCAGCGCCGCUCCCGGGGACGCCGACGCCCGCAAAGAACCGGAGCGCUGCUACUGCGCGGAGGUCUCCGACGUGGCGCACUGGGAGCAGCUGACGGCCGACGGCAGCGCGUACUGCAGCAAGACCACCGUGCUGGACUUGGACACGCACGUCGUGACCACGGUGGAGAACGGCUACCUCCACCAGGACUGCCGCCGCUGCGACGCGCUCCGAGCCGGCCGGGGCAAGAAGCGCAAGGGGGACUUCGGCCGCUGCUCGUGCGACGUCGAGGACGCGUCGGAGCGCAAACGCGCCAAACGCGAGGAGUACGCGUACGCGCACCCGGACUGCGCGGACACCUCCGACAUCUCCAACCUGAUCUCCAUCUUCGGCUCGGGCUUCACGGGGCUGCUGAGCAGGCAGGCGGACUUGGAGCAGAUCUGCAGCAAGCAGGCGCUGGCCAGCCUGGGCGCCUGGACCCGGGCCAUUGUGGCGUUUUGAAGCCGGGGGGGUUGGGGGGGGGGGGGGGGGGGGGGGGUGUUAUGGUGGGAGAUCCACACUGUGACGCGUUUCGCACGCGCAGAAAGAAGCUCUCCUCGUGUAUUUACUCGGCAACAAACACACACGCGGGCGGGCGCUUCUGCAGAUGUUCCGCAGAUGGAGACGUUGGAACAUUUGGGAGCGUCCAACAGGUCACCCGGCGGCAAAGCAGGAAUGUUCUCUGGAGCUUCACGGGGACCGCGCCGGCUUGCUGGAAAACUGCUUCGCCACCGCAAGCAACAGGUGUGAGGUGGGCGAGCGCGAGGCACGUGCGCACACGUUUCGGGGGGCGGGUGCUCCAGCCCAUAUGAUUCAAACAAUUACUGAACAAAACAGUCGUGGGAAGGACUCCUGAGAGUUGACGUGAUUCGUACGUAUGCGUCGCUUGCGCGUGAUUCAAACGCCUUAUUGGAUUAUUUCCACGGGAAAAGAUGAGGGCGGUUUACCACCUUUGAAUCAUGUGCAAAAGCAAAUUCAGUGCUUUUCUUCCCCCCCCCCCCCCCCCCCUCUUCAAGUGUAUAUGUUUGAUGUGUUAUGUAUUUAUUUCGGUUGACACCAUCGACACGGGCACUCAUGCAAACCGUAUGAACAAAGGAGGUGAAAGGGAGCGACAGCGCACGCACCCCUGCCCAAUACGAUACACACAAAUCAUUUGAAAACAAUAAAUGCCCGGCAGAUUAUCGAAACACUUUGGGUGGAAUUGAUGACACAAAAAGGGUCUUUUUUGGUUUUGUUUUGUUUGUUUUUUCCAACAUCGCCGAAUAAAGAAACAAAAUGGGCUGCGGCCAAAAAAAGGCACUUUUUUCAUCCAGGGCAAAAAGGCGGGUGCUCGAGCACCGCUCGGGGUCCCACGCGCGCACGUGCCCCACGACCACCAUCGCUGACCGCGCGCUCCGGAUAUUUGCAACCUCGGUGUAUUGAACGCGAGCGAUGGAAGGGAUGAGGAACGAUACCCCCUUCCCGUUUGCCCGCUCACGGAGCGCCUUCCCCCCCCCCGACGGGGUCAGAGGGCGAAGGACGUCAGUUUUGCAGGAACGACAGAUAUUUGAACGCUGACAAACGUCACGCCCAGGCGCUCGCGUCUUCACGGCGGGAGAGACGCGCGCGCACGUGGACGAGCCUGACGGUGGAUCGACGUCUGUUGCCUUAAACGCAAAAUGCGCGCGAUUGCUAGCUAAGCUGUCGUCGGUCGGAAAUUGCAAGUUGGAUGAAAGCGACUGAAUGUCCGCUGUUUUUGUCUUUCGCUUUUUCCGUUCGCCGCCGCAAUCCGAUCCCGAUAGGGAACAGUUACACUGGGACUUUGACAUACAGUAUAUCUUUAUUAAGCGUGUUAUUUUCAACAUUCGAGGUCACACAUGAGCCCAAAAUCAGUCCGUUUACUUUGGUUUCUGUACAACAAUAAUGUUAGUCCUUUUGUUUUAAAAAGGCCGAGUCAUUAUUUCGCCAUAACCUGAAAAUUCAUGCAUUAGCUUUACGAGCACUACGUGUACCAAAAUAAAGAGAGUAUUCUGCCAUUCUCGACAUAUUUUGUUGCUAUUCUUGUAUUUUUGUGCUUAAAAAUUGUAUAUUGCCGGGUAAAACUGUUGCAGAAAGUAUUUGUAAAAAAAAAAAAAAAAAAAAAAGAUAUCAUCUUAAUAAAAAGAAAGGACAAUUUGAA